UUCUUUCCCACACACUCCCCCCCUGCCUGAAACGCCUCCAUUGGACUCCUUUGUUUCCUUCUGGAACAUAAUGACAUCACUUCCACUUUUAUUCGCUAGCGCUCCAACACAUUGUACGUGAUUGGCAUAGGGGAGGGACAUUUCCGACACAUCUCUACGCUGUUGACCAAUCACAACAGAGCCGGCCAGCUAGUCAAUCAGAGCAGACUGGGCUCUGGUUUUAGACAGAGGGUGAAAAGAGGUGCUGCAGCACAGGCAGUAUGAGAAAAAUAAAGAGCUUUUUGAACAUUAAAGCAUGGAGACAUGUCCUAGUGGAGGUAUAAAAUACAAAUAUGAACCUGAAAAUAAUCAUGAUAAGGCCUCUCGAGGGAACCUUGGGAUUGUAUCCUUCACAGACCAUUUACAUCCACAAAAACCUACAUAACACAGUACAGGAAAGGGAAAACCCCAACAAGUCUAAUAGGGCCUCUUUAACAUAGUAUUUGUAUGGUAGGAAUUAUGCCCUUUGUCAAUCAAAACCUAUAAAGAUGUUUCAGAGUGAAAGAUUUCACUUUCAAGAGCAGUGAGUGGUCCGUCCUCUCUCUCCUCCCUCAUGAUGUCACUGAGAGGCCGGACUCAAUCUGUAGCGCUCCAACAUCUUCACACAGAGCAGAAACAAAGAGAGUGAGAGUUCACUGAGGAGGAAACCUUUCCGUCUCUCUUUUCUCUUCUUUGUUUCAUGCUUUGAACUCGAGCAGGGAAAUGAGUCUGAAGAACAGCAGCCACUGAGACAGAGACAGACAUGGACAAACAGAAAGUGCUGGCCAAGCUGAUCUGGGACCUGCCGUCCUUCCUGUCUGUUCUGGACUCAGAGAAACUGAGUUACGCCGCUCAGACCCAGAAGAAAGACAUCUCAGAGCUGCUGUCUAAACUGCAAACAAAUGACACUCCAGUGGAAGACACUGAGUACAUGAUCAUGAGCUGUCCAUCCUCCUCAGACACACCUGGAUCAGAAGGCAUCCAGUGCUCAGAUCAGGUCUUACCGUUAUGGCUGGCAAACUUGGGCCCUGUGGUGCCACCCGUUCCUCCAGGGGGUCCAGGAGGUGAUGAAGAUGAAGAUACAUACGAGGAGGCAGAACCUUACUUGCCCAACAAAACCACAUCUAACACUGAGAAUGCAGAGUCAGACAGUAGUCACUAUGAGUCGUACGGGGAGGAAGAUGAUGAUGAGCCUGUGAAGGAUCGCGCUCACUACAUCCACUGGAGCACCUCCCAGCCCUGCCUACGACCCGUCCCCGAGUCCCGCCUCUGUGGAUACCUGUGGAAGAGAAAAUGGCUCGGACAGUGGACCAAACAGCUGUUCAUCAUCAGGAGCGACAUGCUACUGUGUUAUAAGUGUGCACAGGACCUGCUGCCUCAGCUGGAGUUGAGCCUGCGCGGCUGUCAACUGGUCUACAAGUCGAAGAACAACGGGAAGAUCCAGCACCAGCUCAAACUGCUGCUGCUGGGAUCAGAGAACCUGGUGCUGGGCUACAGCAGCUUCCAGCAGGCCGACGAGUGGAGGAAGGUGAUAGAGGAUGUGAGUGUUGGAAGUGAAGGGGACACUCAGAGCUCCUUGUCUCUGAUCAGAUCAGACACGCUGCUGUCUGGCAGGUCCAGUCCAGUCCAGACUGACUCUGAGGAGGAGAGACCUUCAGCGGUCUGCAGCCUCAACAAAGACAAAGGUUUCCUGAGCGUGCUGAUGAACUGUCAGUGGCAGAGUUUACGGUGUCGGGUGGAGGCGGGUCUACUCAACAUGUUUGGAGAGGAGGACGAGGAGGAGGAGGAGGAGGAGGAGGAGAAGGAGGAGGAGGUGAAGAAGACGCCUCAGUACACGGUCCAGCUGAGAGGCUGUGAGGUCAGAUCGGGCCCUGAUACCGACCACUCCUACAGGAUCACACUGAGCAUGCUCGGUGACCAGGUGGCCGUGCUGGAGGUGAGUAGUUCAGGUGAAAAGGAGCGAUGGUUAAAGCUGCUGCAGGACGGAGCUGCCAAAACACAGGAGAACACAAAUGGAGCUCUAAGUGGGCUACAGACUCGAAGGUUUCCCAACUCCAACACAUACAUGGAUGACCCUUUCCAUCUGAGUGGAACAUGUCAGGACCAGCCCAUCUAUUCAAACACCUCCAUACUGGAUCACAUGCUUCACAGCUCUCAGGAUUCAGUUCACCCCUGCUCGGUGUCUAAAGACUCUCUGACCUACAGCAACACCAUCUUCAGCAGCCACAACAGGAAGUCGUUGGAAGUGGAGCGAGGUGUGCAGAAGCUGGAGCUGACUGGGAAGAGGACGGUGCAGCUGAGGGCAGGGUCAGAGAUCAACCUGACGUCUGCCGGGAAACAAAACAAACGCACCUCAUUUAGACAGUCGCUGGCCAUCUGCAGUGAGCGCGCUCAGGCGGGUUUCCUGAACCCUCUGCUGCGGCGCACGGCCUCCGCUAAAAACUCUCUGAGACGAGCUCCUUCAUCGCUGUUCAUCGAACAUGGGAAGGUUUUCCAGAGGAGGAAGGAGUGGGAAACAAAAGCUGCUCCUUGACAUCAACUAUGCAUCCAUAAUCAUCAUCAUUAUCAUCAUCAUCAUCAUCAUCAUCAUCAUCAUCAUCAUCAUCGUCAUCGUCACAAUCAAAUCUACAAGCUACAGUUCUCGCAACUGAAGAAGCUUCUGAAGUCCUUCAUGGUGUUCAUUUUAAGCAACAACCCAUUAUUUCUGACUAAAUAUCUGUGUUGACCUAUUUUAACUGCCUGAGUCAUAAACCUUAACAUGUACAGUCUGACACGACACUGAUCCGACCUAUAUGAUAUUUGAGUGGCUGUUGUGUAAUGAACUUUAAAGAAGCAAUCUGCGUCAACUAAAAAUCCACAUACAAAAUAAACUGAUGAAUAUGUGGGGAACAUGAGCAGGUUAGCACAAAUUAGUAAGUUAUUUUAUUUAAAAAUACUUAAGUUAUUACACUGAAAUAACUAAAACAUUGACUUCAAUCAAAUGUGUUAUGUCAACAACUUUCACAUAACUGUAUUAGGUUAGUUUAAAGCAAUAAUAUUAAGUUUAAAUACAAAAAUGUAGGUUCAACUUAAUAUUAUUGCUUUCAACUAACCUAAUUCAGUUAUGUGACAUUUUUUGACAAAGUUCAUUUUUUUUGUGUUUUUUAUUGCAAUAUGUUGUGUUAGUACUGGGACUGACCUCGUAUCAGCGAACCAUAAAAGUCAAGAGAAAUAAAACUUUUGCGUAAAGGAUUACUUUUUACACAUAGCCUUUGUCAGGGUUAUCAUUAAACAUAUCACACAACCAAAUGUGUGCACAUGCAGGCAAAGACACCAGGUGCAAUAACAAUUACAAUUACAGUUUCCAAAUACAUAGUUCAAUCCUCUUUACAUUCUAAAGAAAACAUUUUGACAGGAUUUUCCUGAGGAAGGCGUGAAAUGAAAGUGUUUAGUUAUCAUUGAAUAUAAACAUUUACAGACUGUCUGUGUCGACAAUAUGUAACAUGUGAUCAUCUGCAGACACCUGACUGUGUUCGGACAGAACAAUGUGCAAGGCUGUUUUUGGACAUUUGCAAAGUGAUGUUGGUAGCUUUCAUUAGCUGAACACACACGUGAUACACUCACAUUACACUUUAUAUAUUAAUUUAAACCACUAAUCUCUGUUAAUUUAAUUUCCAAUUAAGGGCUUUUAUAUCUCAAUGAACAAUAUUUCUUGAUUUGUGUACUUCCUGUUCUUUGGAGCAGCUGUAGCUUCUUUAAAGCCACCCAGAGACAGCUGUCUUUAAGGUGUGUUUCCUCCUGUGUGGUGAAGUCUGUAGAAUUGUGAUCCUCUCUGAGUGUAACAACUCUUCUCUGUUAAUUUACUUUUGUGAAUAUCAGGUAGCACAUUUGUUUUUGUAAUCUUUUAUUCCACAUACAUUCUUUGAUGUCAUUGUGAGUUAUAAUCAGUGGAGGACCAUGUAUUCUGAUCUUGAAGGAAAAGUAUCACACUGAAAUUAUUUCCCUACAAGUCAAAGUCUUGCUUGUGAAAUCUUAUGUUAGAGGAAGUAUGUAAAUAUCUCAUCCCAAUAUACUUUAAGUAUAAUUUUACAGCAAAAUAUUUCCAGUCAGUGUUUUCCUGUUAUAAAUGUUAUAAAACAAGUAGAAAUUGAGGUUGUGCUCAUUUCAACUCCCUUGAUCUACAUCAAUGCAUCAUAUUUUGUAGCUUUGUCGCUGUUCUGUGUUUUUUUCCCCAGAACCGAAACAUGUUUUCAGCUUUGUGACAAAGCAUUUACAGCGAAUUCUAAAUAGUUUAUUAAGCUAGGACAAUUUUCUGAACACAAAGAGGAACAUUACUUUUCAGUUUAUUGGAAAUAUUGCCAGAGAUUUCAAUGGACAGAGUACAGAUACGUAUAGGUUGUACUUAAGUACAGUACUUUAGUAAAUGUUACUUCCCACCACUGGCUAUAACUUCAACUUGCAUCUGUUCUGCAACUUGCAAUGUUAUUAUACACAUGACUAUGAACUAUUGAAGAUGUAAGUACAUUUCCAUGACUGUCACUUAUUUGUAUCUUUUUUUGUAUUUACUGGAUGUUUUUAUAAUCUCAGGAGAACUUCUUUUUGUUUGUUAUUGGACUAAAAACUGAUUUAUAUAAAAUGAUGUUAUAGUAUUAAAAACUGAAUUUUACUUAA